AUGAAGCAAUACUCUUACGACCCUCUUGAUCCAUCCGUAGACGGGAUUCGACUCCUACACCUAUCACCAGGGCUGGGUGCCAAGCAACCUCAUUGUUUUCUUAAGCAUGUAACCUUUGGGGAACGUCCAAAGUACAAUGCUAUUUCCUAUACAUGGGGUCAUGAGGCUCGUCAACAACCCAUUGUUAUCAAUGACCAAUACUUCCAUGUCACGAACAAUCUUUACGAUGCACUACUCUGCUUACAGCAGCAAAGUACUGAAGAGCAAGUUCUUUGGGUGGAUGCUAUAUGCAUAAAUCAAGAAGAUAUUGCGGAGCGGAAUCGUCAAUUGACAAUCAUGCCUUACAUCUAUGAGCGUGCAAAGCUUGUGAUAAUUUGGUUGAGAGAUGACCAGCAUAUAGUCCCUCCCGUUUGGCCAGAGCCGAGAAAGAUACCACCGUUUGAGAUCUCAGGACAUACUCAACAAUACGAGGAUCAACGACUACUAUUCAACUAUUUGAUGAUGAUAUGUUCAAAUGAGUACUGGAAUAGACUUUGGAUUAUUCAGGAGAUUGGGAAAGCUAGAAAACUGCUUAUUUCCUUUGGACAAAAACUCAUAGACUGGAACCGGUUUAUGAAAACCAUCAUCCUUUCAUGGCCAUAUCCUGGGCGGAUCGUGGAGGAGAUCGUGGAGGAGAUCAUGGAAGACACAGCGGGCUGGUUUAAACCAAGGCAUCGAAGAACCGCAUUUUCGGAUACGGUUCCCUGGAAACUAUAUCAUCAAUUAUUGAAGAAAUAUGAUGGCGGUCAUAAACUACACAAUCUUAUGGUCAAUCAUCGUCAUGCUUUGUGUAAAGAACCAAGAGAUAAGGGUGAUAUCUUGAAGUUUGGUAAGCUGGUUCGGGACUCUCUUGGUGGCCAAGGUAUUACGACGAUAAAGGAAGUUUCCCAAGACGCUUUUUUGAAGAUGCCUCAGAAGGAGAAUCGCGAUCGAUAUCUCAAAGACAAUAAUCCUACGGUGUUAAAAAUUCCUGCUCGUCUAGUGGGUCAGAUCGUACAUCUGGGUCCUUCACAUGCACAAAUAAUGACCGACCUUUCAAAAACUGCAGAUUGGAGGUUGAGUAUACAGCACAAUCUCCCUAAAAAGGUCCAAGCUAGCGUUCAGGAAGAAAGUGACUUGUUUUUGGAAUCACUAGAAGACUUAGACGAAAUCGACCUCAAAAUCGUGUCCAAAUGUGACUUUGAUGUUUCAUGGCAUCCAGAAAUUAUGCCCCAAGGUCUUUCCGACUCGGAUGUAAUAUCCAAGAAAUCGGAUCCUGAGAAUGAGCCUCCUUUGCCCGACUGUUUACCUCAUUUAUCAUCAGAUGGGCCGCAAUCUCUUUCCACGUCUCCAGUCGAAGGAGCACGUUUAUUUCUCUUGGACAAUUCAAUGAAGGAAAAUUCAGACGAUGAAGAUAGCUUGGCUGAAGAUAGCUUGGCUCCAGAAUCAUUGGAUGCAACUGGAAACAUGGGCCUUGGACCGGCAGUAGCUCGUGUAGGUGAUUACGUGUGUGAAAUCACCGGGAUCAAGACGGCUGCGAUUAUAAGGAAGAGCAAGAAUAAAUUAAGCUUCAUCGGAACUGCUGGAUUGGCGAGGCAGGCAGAAUAUGCUCGGAAAAGGAUAAAGUCCACGCCCUACAAAACCUUUUCUCCAUUUAGCCUGCCAAAAUUCGAGGACUGGCCGCUAGAUAAUAUGGUGGAUUUGUACUUUUACGUAUCUUUAGCAUAUCAGCUCUUAGAUUAG